CUUAAAUAAUUGGACUUCGAAGAAUACUCUGAAAUUUAAGAUCAAAAGGAUCUGGACUACUCUGAAAUUUAAGACAAAAUCCCACCCAAAUCUUUUUUCUUUUUUCUAAUCCCACCUAUAUAAAUGGGAUUUAGUCCAAAUCUCUCCUAACUCCAAUAUAUUUUCAAAUCCAUUCAAACUUUUAAAAUCCACAGUUCAAUACACCCCCCCUUAGUGUGAUCGAAUUUAGGUGGUUUAAGAGGCAACUCUUCCUGGGUCUCUGGAGAGAGUUUGUACUCAUCGGAUAUAAUUACAACAAAGUAGAAGAUCGGAUAGCGUAGGAUUAAUCUAUGUGUUCCUGGAUGAUACUAGAUCAAUUUGUUUGUAAAUGUGGUUGAAUCCCUCCUCAUGGUUGCAAAUCAUGUAAUACUCUUGAUGACAAGUCGAAGUUGAGAAAAAAAAAAAAGUAAUAUUGGUGACUGCGACAAAAAAAAACUCCCGCUGCUUCGUACCCUUUUUCAAAACCCUAAAGGGACUCAAAACAUGAUAUUAUAAUUUUCCCACCUCUUCUCUAAAGUCUAAACCCAAUCUUCCCGCCUCCCCCAUCACACCCGCUCCUUCCUUCCUCUACUACAAUAGUAACCCUAAUCUUCAAUCAAGGCCCUCACAAACAAAUCUCAAGAUCCAUGAAGGGACUCUCAACAUCGCCGGUGAGAAGAAACGACGGCUUCCACCGCUACUUGAAGCCAGGGGCUCUCGCUCAGAUCCGUAACACUAGACUCAACGCCAGAUCCAACUCUCCCUUAACUCUUUCCCUCUCGAGCAGAGUCGACCCGCCAGACGCGACGCCGACGAUGGACCAGAUGCCUGAUCUCUUGACCAAGAUAUACGGUCCGUUUCGCAUCGGUAGAAAGAAACUUGGUCCCGCUAGAUCUGUGUUGAGGACGAUGAUGCAUUUAAACCCUUCUCCGAACUCCACGCUUGAAUCCGCUAGUAAUGGUAAUAGCAACGUAUUAAGUAUCGUCGAUGUUUUAGUUGCUCAUUAAAUGUAACUCUAUUACAGUAUUGUUUUUGUAUCAAUAAUUGCUUUUGUAACUUGUGGAAAAAGAUCUUCAAUUCUCAUCAACACUUUGUUAAUUGAAUGUGUUGAUUCAUUAUAUGAUUCCCCAAUUUGGCUUUUGAUCA